AUGGGCCUCGGCGACCUCUCCCCAGGCGCCCAGCUCACCAUCGGCGUUAGUGUCGGCGUCCUCAGCACCAGCAUCCAAUCCCUCGGACUAACCCUUCAGCGCAAGUCCCACCUCCUCGAAGAUGAACUCCCGCACACGCACAAGCGGCCGCCACACCGCCGGCGCCGCUGGCAAAUCGGAAUACUCCUCUUCAUAGUGUCAAACAUCCUCGGCUCGUCGAUCCAGAUCACGACACUGCCGCUGGUCAUCUUGUCGCCGCUGCAGGCCUCCGGCUUGGUCUUUAACAGCAUCUGCGCGACGCUCAUCCUGGCGGAGCCCUUCACGAGGUACAGUCUGGUCGGCACGCUGCUGGUGUGUGUGGGCGCGGCAUUGAUUGCGGCGUUCGGCGCAAUGAAGGAACCGGCGCAUAGUCUCGACGAGCUGCUAGAGCUCCUAGGGACCCACGGGUUUGUGCUGUGGAUAUCGGCGACGGCGCUCAUGGUGGUGGCGAUCCUGGGCGGGGUGAAGGCGUGGGCGGUCAUGAGGCCGCGCACGAGGAGCGCGCCGAGGGUGCUGCUGCUGAGGGGGAUCGCGUACGGUUGCGUGAGCGGAAUCCUGUCGGCACAUUGCCUGCUGCUUGCGAAGUCGGCGGUCGAGCUCCUGAUCAGGACCAUCGUCGACCGAAGUAACCAGUUUAAUAGAUGGCAGUCGUGGAUGAUCAUUAUCGGCCUGGUGACGCUCGCGCUCACGCAGCUGUACUAUCUCCACCGCGGACUGAAGCUGUGCUCUACGAGCGUGCUGUACCCGCUCGUCUUCUGCGUCUACAACAUCAUCGCCAUCCUCGACGGGCUCAUCUACUACCAGCAGGCGUCGCGGCUCUCGGUCCUGCACGGGUGCUUCAUCGCAUUGGGAACCGUCAUCCUGCUCAGCGGCGUGUUUGCGCUGUCGUGGCGCCUCGAGGAGGAGACUGCGACGACGGCUGGGAGCGCGCUGUCGCCGGGCGUGGGCUUCGUGGAUACGGACGACGAGGAGGAGGGUGAGAUUGAUGAUACUCUGGCGUCGCCGAGGUUCUUGAGGAGGCGCACAAUGAGCCAGGCGGACCAGAUCUGGGGCGAGCUGCUGGACGAGGAGGCUGCGGAGGCGGUCGAUGAGAGGUCGGGGCUGCUGCAGAGGAGUGUUAGCUCGCCGGGGGUAAGGAGAAAGUGGGGCAGGGAGAGGAGGGGCAGUUAUAUGUUCCCGCGGGUGGGCGGCAGUGCGAGGAGGGCGAAAAGGUCGCAGGAUGCGAUGGGCGGGUGGUGGAAGUUGGGGUGGUGGAAGGGCACGGGGGAAGAAGAUGCGGCGGCAGCAGGAGCUGAAGGGAGGAGGGUUAGUGUAGAGACUCUGGGGAACUAUGGCGGGACGGGUAUGGGAAAUAGAGAGGUCAUUGUUGUGGACGGAGAGGUCUCGCGAUGA